UUAGGGCGCAGGCUCGGCUCUACAGUUCAAAGGUUCCAUCUGGUGCUGAACUGACAGGCGCUGUCCUUGGUUCUGAAGUGGCAGGCGCUGUCUGUUGUAGCAAGCCCGGCCGGGGGCGAGGAGGAGGAGGAGCAGAGGGGGCGGUCUCUGUGCCCAGUACCCCCAGGAGCAUCAUGCCCGCUGUGUGAGGCUGGAGAUCGGACCUGGUGCGGCCUGUACCCUUCCCCAGCGGCCUCCAGCGCAAGGAUGAGGCUCAGUACCGGGCUCACUCUCUGCUUUCUACUUCUCUCUUCCUGUCGCCCAUUGCGGAGUCUCUCCUCCCGCGGUCACGGGUGUCUGUUUGACGUCAGACUCUGCUCCAAAGAAGAAGUGUGCGUGCGGGAUGGUUUGUUUGGUCAGUGCCGACCACAUGCUGAGAGGGAUGGCACCCCAUUCCAGGUGGCCCCGGGGGAGCUGCAGCAGCUGCAGGCUAUGCUACGGCAACUUACAGCAAAAGGGUUCAACUGGAAGGAUGAUAUGAUGCCACGCUUAAUGGCUCACGAGAUGGGUCGGUUCCCACAGCACAGACUCUUAGAGCCCCUGGAUGGGUUGGAUGAGGAUAGGUCCCCCUUGUCUCUUGCAUCUGGACGGACCAUGCAAAGGUUAUCAGGGGCAAGUCAACCUUCUGCACCAAGAUGGGCAAGCUCAAACGAUAAGCUUCAAUAUUUCCGACCCCGGCUGCCCUCCCCACUAGGAGACUCUCCUCCUCAGAAACCAAGGCUUCCACUAAGCCUCAGACAGGAUAUUUCUCCUCUGGUGGAUCAGUAUAUAACCUACCUUAUGCUAAACUCUCAGACCCCCAAAUCCCAGCAUGGAUACCAGGACUCAGAGCGACCAAGGAUUCCUCCCCGUGUUUUUAGUGCCAAUCACAACCUGCCAGAUGGCUCUAGCCGCUUUAUUUAUGGCAGGUACCAAGAAGGGGGGCAGGAUGGGCCUUCAUCUCUCUAUUUAUCCUCUGAGAGACGCCAUAAUUUGGUUGAUUUGAAAAGGAAGCUGCCCCAGGAUAGUCUUGACAACAGCCCAGCUGCUGAUAUUCUAGAAAGUUCUGAGGGGAUUGAAGAGGUGAACCAGGUACUGGAUGGGGUCCAGGAAACUCAAACAGAUACCAGAGCUGAGUCAGCGAGGGCUCUAAGAGGUGGGGCACAGAAUGUACUUGGAGCUCAGGUGGUCCCCGAGUCUCCACUUCUUACUGAAGUCCAGGGCUGGACUGGAGAUCUUGAGCGAUAUGGAGUGGACUUGAGACAGCUGAGUGACACCAAUCUGGAACAACUUUCCAGUCUUUUGCAGCUCAUCCAGGCAGCUGCUCUACAGAACCAAGGCCCAAGAAGUGCAGAGAGAAGCCCUCCAAAGCGAAUCACAGAAGGAGAGAUGCAGCACAUGCCAGAAGUGGAGCCCCAGUUGCCCCCUCCUGAUACGUAUCCUAAAACCUCUGCUCCCUCUAUGCUGCCCUCCGAGCUGAGUGAUCUGAAAGGGCCACAUAAUCUAGAAGGAAUAGGUUUAACAAGUGCCACAUCUGCCAUGCUGAGCAAGCGCCCGGUACCCGAUGCCCAAACAAUGGGGGUCGCAGAAGCAGCUGGGCAAUGGACACUGGAAAAGAAAAGUUAUGAAGGAACCACCAGCCUCGGCAAUAUGCCUGCACAGGGCGCGCAUCCCGUCACUGAAGAAUAUGGAUACAUUGUCACUAAUCAAAAGCCCCUGAGCCUGCUAAGUGGGGCACUACUCCUGGAAACCUUGGCCCAGCGUGUCCAUCUGUCCACUGCCAGCUUCAUCAACAUCAGCGUUGUUGGAUCUGCCCUCACCUUCCGAAUACGACAGAACAACCAGAACCUGUCACUCACCGAUGUUGCAGACCGAGCAGUGGCACUGAAGUCUGAACUGGAAACAGAGACAGGAGUGAAGAUAAUUCAGACAGGAGUUGGGCAGAGGAACAAUUCUAACUCAUUCCCCCACCCCUCGCACUUCGGAGACACCUUCCGAUUUGUUCUGCUCAUCUUCAUUGCUUUGGCCUGCAUUGCUGGGAUAGUCAUUGCCUCCGCUGUCAUCUUCUGCAUCCGGCAACAUGCCAAACAGCGGGAGAAGGAGCGACUGGCGGCCCUGGGGCCCGAAGGGGGAGGUGACACAACCUAUGAGUACCAGGACCUAUGCAGGCAGCACAUGGCAGGGAAGUCACUCUUCAGUCGCACAGAAGUUACCGGAUCUGCAGCUGAGAACUCCCGGGUCAGCAGUGUGUCCUCCCAGUUUAGUGAUGUACCCCAGCCCAGUCCCAGCUCCCACAGCAGCACCCCAUCUUGGUGCGAGGAGCCAGUACAGUCUAAUAUGGAUAUCUCAACUGGCCACAUGAUCUUGGCUUACAUGGAGGAUCAUCUGAGGAACAGAGACCGUCUGGCCAAAGAGUGGCAGGCCCUGUGUGCUUAUCAGGCUGAACCCAACGCCUGCUCCAGGGCCAAAUGUGAUGCCAACCUGAAAAAGAACCGGAAUCAAGACUAUGUUCCUUAUGACCAUGCACGGAUCAAGUUAAGGAGUGAAACCAAUACGUCACGCAGUGAUUAUAUCAAUGCCAGCCCAAUAAUUGAACAUGACCCCCGUAUGCCAGCUUAUAUCGCCACCCAUGGACCCCUGUCCCACACCAUUGCCGACUUCUGGCAGAUGGUUUGGGAAAAUGGUUGCACAGUGAUUGUCAUGCUCAGCCCACUGGUGGAAGAUGGAGUCAAGCAGUGUGAUCGCUACUGGCCAGAUGAAGGUUCUUCUCUUUAUCAUAUCUAUGAGGUCAACCUGGUAUCGGAGCACAUAUGGUGUGAAGAUUUCCUGGUGCGGAGUUUUUACCUGAAGAACGUCCAAACCCAAGAGACCCGAACCCUCACGCAGUUCCACUUCCUCAGCUGGCCAGCCGAAGGCAUUCCAAGCAGCACCCGUCCACUAUUGGAUUUCCGCAGGAAAGUGAAUAAGUCUUUCCGUGGUCGCUCCUGCCCCAUUAUUGUACAUUGCAGUGAUGGAGCUGGAAGGACAGGAACCUACAUCCUUGUCGACAUGGUGUUGAACCGCAUGGCUAAAGGGGUAAAGGAAAUAGACAUUGCAGCUACAUUGGAACAUGUUAGAGACCAGAGGCCUGGCAUGGUUCGCACUAAGGAUCAGUUUGAGUUUGCACUGACAGCGGUGGCAGAGGAAGUCAAUGCAAUCCUAAAAGCCUUGCCACAGUAGCAACAGCACCGCCACCCUCGGACUGUCCAAGUUGGUGUUGUGACAUUUCACCUGCCUUACAAAGAUGGCCGUUCCACCUGCCCCAAAGCGCCCAUCUUGGUGUACUAUAUGCUUCUCAUGCCAGAGACCCAGGGCUGCAUCCUAUGCCCUCCUAUGCCUUCUUAUUCAUCUUCAAGCUUCUAUGUCCCCCUUACUGCCUGAUUCCCAUUCAAACCUUUGCUACCUCAUUGCCCACAUGUGAUCCACUGACAUGUUCUUCUGCCCAUCAAGGAGAAGUGCCAGUUAAAACCUGUUCCUGGCGCUAUCACAGAGCCAAAGAGCCAUGAAGAAAACCCAAAUUAUUCAUUCAUUCUAUUUCCAGCUCAUGCAGAGAAGCGCAAUAAACACUAAGUUGUGCUUUCCUUCCAUAAUUAUAUCACUUUAUUGGCACAAGUCAUUUUAUUCUUCAGCCCACGGUCAAGCUGCUUCUUCAACCACCCACGCUUAUAUUAUGCCAAUGUCCGGGAGUGUAAGCAGAGUGAAUGCACAGUAUGGCCAUGCAACAUGCAGGGAGAGGAGACAAAUAUCAGCACUAUUCCUGAUAUGCUGCAUUAAGGCAAGUCUUUGCAUACCAUGAGCUGGGCGCUAUAGAUUAGAUGGGAUUAUUCAGUGUAUGCUCCCUUGGGAUUGUGGGGGAUAUGGAAUGUUCGCUGUAUAACUGACUAGUUGGUAUGUUAUUGAGUGAACGAUGCCCAUAGUGAUGCAUUUACCCACAUGCACAACUGUAAUUAAAACCAAUGGAAGGAAGCCGGGCAUCUCUGAACAAAGCAAUGUCCAGGGAUCUGCUGACUGAUAAAGAGGUGACACUUUUGAAAUUAAACACAAGAUUUCAGUUUCUUUUUCAAGUGGGUUAUUCCGAUAUCCAACAGGCAGUGGUAAGAUAUUUGUACGGAUGGAAGACAAAGACCUCAGGGAAAGGUCAUCUAGUGGUAAUGAGCAAAGUUAAUCAAUUGAAAAAGAAACGUUCUGAAGACUUGCUGUAAUUCAUGUUAGUCGGCCAGUGAAGGUAUCACCUUUACGCCACUUUUAUUAUGCUUCAUCUCAAAAGUAUUACUUUUUUAUUGGUAACCAGAGUAUGUCACCUUUUAACUAGAGGGGGAAUGUUGAGCAACUGACUUGCAGUUGUCCUGGUGGGAUUUAAACACAACAGGAUGAUGGACUCCCAUCUGAGCUGUGUGUAGGAUAGGUCUGAGAGGUGUUAGGCUAAAAGAGUUGUAGCUAUGCAUUCAAAGAAGUUGGGGGUAGGUGGCUGAUAUCUGAGUGUUGCUUAAUGAAAGACUCAAAAUGGAAGGAGGUGAGCACAGCUAGAUGACUCAACUUUGUUGAAUAAAGCUAAGGAUAAGUGGUUGGUAGAUUCACAACUGGAUUGGAAAGUGCUAAGCUUACGUGGGUGCUACAUUUAUAGAAUAACAGCUUGGUUGAAAGAACCUGAGGGUAGAUGGGCGAUAGACUCACAAUACUGUGUGAUGGGGUAUCUGAGUUUAGCCGUAGGUUGUACACUCAGACUCACAGUUGGUGGAGGAGAACCAAGCCUAGGUGGGUGCUACACUCAUCAUAGACUCGCAGCUUGGUGGAAAAGAGCUAAGCAUAAGUGGGUGCUACACUCAUAGACCCACAGCUUGGUGGAAAAGAGCUAACAUAGGUGGGUGCUACACUCAUAGACCCACAGCUUGGUGGGAAAGAGCUAAGCAUAAGUGGGUGCUACACUCAUAGACCCACAGCUUGGUGGAAAAGAGCUAACAUGGGUGGGUGCUACACUGAUAGACUCACAGCUUGGUGGAAAAGAGUUAAGUGUAGGUCGGUGCUAAACUCAUAGACUUGCAGCUUGGUGGAAUAGAGCUAACAUAGGUGGGUGCUGCAUUCAUAGACUCACAGCUUGGUGGAAAAGAGCUUAGCGUAGGUUGGUGCUAAACUCAUGGACUUGCAGCUUGGUGGAAUAGAGCUAACAUAGGUGACUGCUACACUCACAGACUCACAGCUCAGUGAAAAAGAUCUAAGAUCAUAUGGGUGAUGGACUCACAAUGUUGUGUGUGAGAACAUCUGAACUUAGUUGUGUGGUAGACUCAUGAGUGUGAGGGAAGGAUUGCUGGGUGAUAGGUGCCAGUAUUUCCAGCUGGCAGUACCACAAAUUCAUUUAUCCACUUAGUAACCUGAUGAGAAGUGUUAACUUCAAUACUGCAUGUGUUACUUGCUCUUCUUACACUGCUGCUUGCUAUGCCAGUUCUGCCGCAGCCACUCUGCAUGCCCUCAUGCUUCACCCUGCAUUAUAUGGUAGAGCGAAUCAGACCUUUACUGCCCUUGCCUUACUACUCUUCAUUUAUUCCCCAUGAUGCAUUGUAUUGACACUGACCAUUGGCAAGCGAAAAAGAGAAAAAGAAACAUUAUAGAGAAAUAUAAUAGACUUUAAUUUUGUAUCUUGAUGUGAAUAAAGUAUUUGUGUUGGAUUUGUGUAACUGCAAA